AUAUGCNCCGUGCAAUUUUCUCGGCGGUAUACCGUUAAAGAACUUCAAGAUCGCUGGUACUCACUCCUUUAUGAUCCAGUGGUUUCCACAGAAGCUGCCCCUCAUAUGCUAGAGGUCAUGCGUUCUGAAUUUUCGCCACAACCGAGAUCCAACAAAUCGGAAGCUGUAAAAGAAGCAGCCCUCACCUCAGGGAAGAGAAAAAAAGCCGAGAAUAUCCGAAAAUGUUACUACGCCAUGUGUAAAAGAAUCUGUAACGUGCCUCUCGACAUCAUGGGCAUCGAUCUCCUCCCCGGCUCGAGCGCUACCAAUUUCGGAGACGAAAACGGGCUCGGAAUCCAAGACCCGGACUUCGAUAUCGGGCCUCAUCUCUUUCCCGAAUUCGGGCCCAACUCCUCCAAUGAUCUUCAGUUCGGCGGGCAAGUUGCCGCCCAUGACCUUCCCCCGUUCACUUACGAGGACAGCACUCUCCCAGAAUUCAACCAGUCGGAUCUAUUUGGGCCCGAGGCCCAUCUGGAAGGGCCCGGAUUCGGAGCAUGUGACAGCGGGCCGUAUCGUAAUUUGGCGUGCUCAUCCUCCACGAUGCCUCAAAUGUCGAUGUGGGACGACAGUACUUCCCCGGAUAUGUGUGCCCCUUCUGACCAACUCAUGGCCAGGGACGAAUUCGUAAUUCCGCCGUCAUGUAAUGUUAAUGUGACAGACAGCUAUUUGGCUGAGCUGUCCAAUACAUUGUUCUCCGAUGACCUGCACUGCUCGGAUAGUAGCCCGAAGGACGGCAUCGACGCAUCUUAUCUCGAAGGGCUUUCCUCGCUUUUGACGUUCGAUGCUUCCCCAAGUCAGAUCGAGUUGGAUGGCACAGCUGGCGGGCCUCAUUUACUAUGCGAGGAGCCCGAUAAAGCUGCUAGCCCAAUUCGCGCAAGUAAAGAACUUGGGCCCGAAUACACAAACGGGGUCAUCUGCUGCACGUUGAAUACUGAAGACCCGAAUAUACCCGACAAUGAUGAUGUGUUCCUUCCUGUUCGUUUGCCUUCGCCGAGUUUUACACCAAGUGGGUUUCACUGGAAAUUUGAAGAUCCAAUUUUUACUAAGGACUUGACUAAUGUUGCACGAAAGGUAAAAGUGAAAGUUGGGCCACCGGCCAUGAAAAACAACGGUCAAAAGGAUCCUUGUGGGCCCUCACGCAUUGAAGUGGCGACUGGGCCGCUGGAUAAGGGUUCGAUAUAUUCGGUUGCAGAUAAAGGGGUGAAAUUUGAGCUGCCCAAGAGUAAUAUUCAGCAGGCUGUGCUCAGGAAUGUGAGAAAAGGUGAGGGUUAUUCGAGCCGUGCAAGUUCGGCGAACACUAAUGAAAAUUGUACUGCUAAGGAGAGUUCAGUGGAUGUGGAUCAGGGAAAGAAAGUCGAUUGUGAGCACAUUGAGAUUUGUUUGGAUAAGCGUGAGCAUGGUGUGGACAUUCUUGAAAGCCUUGAGAAGAGUGAUAAUGUGAAAGCGGAAACUUCAAAUGUUGGGUUGGUGGAUGACGAGCCAAGCUGCCGAAAGACAAUUGCUUUGCCGAUUGACGAGUCUCUAGUAUUGGAUAUGGAAGAGUGGUCGGAAAACGAUGUGCCUUGUUUUUCUGAUGUUGAAGCAAUGAUUCUGGAUAUGGACUUGAGCCCGGACCUGUAUACAAAUCCAGAAGGUGUUAGAAUUACUCUGUUGAACCUCAUUGAUGUUAGGGAAGUUCAACGAUAUAUGCUCGAAGAAUCUAAAAAAGCAAUCAUGAGACUUGAGCAAUCAGCCGACUCUUGUACUCAGAGAACAUUUGCUAGACAAGGCGCAUUUGCUGUUCUCUACGGCCGCUGGUCAAAGCAUUUCAUAAAGAAGCCUGAGGUGAUACUCGGCAGGUCAACUGAAGAAAGUAAAGUUGACAUCGACUUGGGAAGAGAAAAAAAUGGUGGAAAAAUUUCUCGAAGACAGGCUAUUAUAAAGAUGGACAUGCAUGGGACUUUCCAAUUGAUCAACGUGGGAAAAUCUUGGGUUUACGUGAAUGGCAAAGAGGUGUUGCCUUGCCAGAGUUUAAGCCUUACCUCUGGCUGUCUUAUCGAGGUGAGGGGAUUGGCAUUUAUUUUCGAGACAAGUCGUGCGAACAUAAACAUUUACUUGAACAGCAUUGUGGGAUCGAACUUGAAAGGAAGUUGAACGAGCUCCGUCGUGUGUGAGUUCAGGAAAGGUGCCAUUUUUAGCCUGCCACUUUCCUGAACAAGCUAUGUAACCACUAGAUGUAUAAAGAAAACAACAUUUGUGUUUCCCCUAACUACAUUUCUUUUCUCUUAACUACCCUUUUUUUUUCUCUUUUUAUUUUUUGGUAGGACUACAUGUUGUUUAACUCCUUAACUUAUUUGUUGGUUUAAUUAGAGGAUUUUACAUUUUUUUUAGUCUGUUGAUAUAGAAGAUAAUAGUGUCUUAUAGGUCAAGGUGCACUUUGAUUUCAUAAAGUAUCGGCAAAUUGCAGAAGCCAUUUGCAGUUAUA